GAAAAUGUUGAUAUUUUGUCCAUAUUGUUCUAAUAUGUUGAUAGUGGCAGAUAACCAUGAACACCAUAUAUUCAAGUGCCAAACAUGUCCAUACGAGUUUCCUAUAAUUGGGGUUGAGAUGUUUGACCGUAAAAAGUUGAUACGAAAAGAGGUUGACGAUGUGUUAGGAGGAGAAGGAUCGUGGGAUAAUGUUGAGCAAACAAGUGCUCAAUGUCCUAUAGAGAACUGUGGGAAUGAUCGAGCGUAUUUCUUUCAGUUACAAAUUCGAAGUGCAGACGAGCCCAUGACAUCGUUUUAUAAGUGUGUUAAAUGUGGGCACCAAUGGAGAGAGAAUUAGAGAUAGGAAAGAAAGCAUUUAUAAAUGAAGAUUAUAUAGGUAGAUAAAACUUUUAGAUGGAGCUGGGGAUGAAUGAAUCGAAGCUAGAGAUUUGAAGGAAUCAUCGCUUGUUGCUAUUGCUAAGAUGUUGUUAUUUAGAUUUAAAUCUAUUUUUUGAAUUGAUUGGUUGUUAAAUUUUUGUAGCUUUUUCAAUCUUUUUUUUAGUAGGUAGUCCCAAAUACAGACAAAGCCAUCCGAACCAGC